AUGGCCAAAAGCGGCGGAAAGACGAGUAGCUCUUACUCUGCUGAAGUGAGUAGCAUUGAAUGGGAGUUCAUUAACAUGUCAGAUCAAGAAGAAGAUCUAAUUCACAGAAUGCACCGACUUGUUGGAGACAGGUGGGGCCUGAUAGCUGGGAGGAUUCCAGGACGAAAAGCUGAGGAGAUUGAAAGGUUUUGGAUGAUGACAUAUGGAGAAGUGUUUGCCAGCAAACGAGAACAACUCAACAGACGAAGCUCUUCAUGUUAAUCAUUCUUCAUUCCUUCUUUUCUGUUUUUCUAUCUUUCUGCUUUUCAAAUCAAUACCGUCAUACUCUGAC